UCGUGCAGCAUAACGCGAUAUCAAAGUUCAACAUUCAUUGAACUACUAAAAUAUAUGCUUCGAGCACUUUUUAAUAAUUGUGUUGUACUGAAAUUUUGUUAGGUAUCUAAAAUGGCUACUGCUAGUUCUCUUUCUCGUCUAUUUCUCGGGAAAAACUUAUGCGGUCGUGCUGCAACUAUCUCAAAUACUGGUUUCGUGAAGUUUUACAGUGUUGCACCCUCAUAUGAAAACAUCAAGAUUGAUGUUGUUGGGGCCAAGAAGAAUGUAGGCCUUAUCCAGUUGUACAGGCCUAAAGCACUGAAUGCGCUUUGCAAGCCCCUUUUCCAGGAACUCGGCAAAGCAGUAAAGGAUUUUGAUAGUGAUAGCACAAUUGCAGCUAUUAUAAUUACGGGCAAUGAGAAAGCUUUUGCAGCCGGUGCAGACAUUAAGGAAAUGCAGAACAAUACAUACAGUUCCAAUCAAAGGCAACACUUCCUCCAAGAGUGGGAGGACAUCAGCAAUUGCGGCAAACCAAUCAUCGCUGCCGUGAAUGGAUUCGCUCUUGGUGGUGGUUGCGAAUUAGCCAUGUUAUGCGACAUAAUCUACGCGGGCGAGAAGGCCAAGUUCGGGCAGCCCGAGAUCAAUAUCGGCACUAUCCCCGGCGCGGGCGGCACCCAGCGCCUGCCGCGAUACGUUGGCAAGUCCAAGGCUAUGGAGAUAGUGCUCACUGGCAACUUUAUAGACGCACAAGAAGCUGAGAAAAUGGGUCUGGUCAGCCGAGUGUUCCCAGUGGAGAAACUUCUUGAAGAGACUAUCAAACUAGCUGAGAGGAUCGGCACCCACUCGCCCCUGAUCGUGAAGAUGGCCAAGCAAUCUGUCAAUCAGGCAUACGAGACCACACUACGCGCCGGCUUACAGUACGAGAAGUCCAUGUUUUAUGGCACAUUUGCUACGGAGGACCGUAAGGAAGGGAUGACUGCCUUUAUUGAGAAGAGACCGCCUAACUUCAAAAACGAAUAAGUUUUUUUACACCGUUUUAUAGAGUCUAAGGAAAAGUGCAAUACUUUAUAUUCCACUUUUGUAUUGUUAUGUAUGAAUGGAUCAUGUUGUUAUAUUACAAAAAAUAUACAAUUUAUUAUUGA